AACUGGAUUGUAUAGGUACAUUUUGAAGACUUUAGAUCCUUUGAUCAAUCCUUCUCUCUUUGUUUUUACUUUAUUUCAAUCUAUUUCGAUUAAUUUUUAUUUAUGUAUGAUUACAAAAUCAUUAAUAAUCACUUUCUAUUUUAAAUUUGUUACCAAAAGCUGCACAUGAAAUAUUAUUUUGGUAUUUGAUAUUGAAAAUGUUCCGAGCAAGUGGUUCCAACAACGGUGUCAUAGUAGACAGCAGGCAUGGCGGAGGAACAAGCAAGUCUAGUGCGGGCGCGUUCUGACUCCGAAAACUCUUCGAAGUUGGGUAGCUUCGGCUCCAUAGUGCACAACAUGACAUAUACUGACGAUAGGCUCACUGCUGCAGAAGGCAGUGGUGAUCCCGGCAACACAGCCAAUACAGCAGCUAGUCCCCCAGACGAUGGCGGCGAUGGAGAAAGUGGCGAGCUCCUAGACUACAAUGACACCAGUGUGCUAGAACAGUUCCAUGAGGAUGCACUCAGACAGGCCGGCUGCGGGUUGUCGCAGUUGCGCGUGUUAACGGCUACUGGACUGGCGGCCGCCGGUGCCUCUCUUGAACUUGCUGCUAUUCCCUUCAUAUUGCCCUCUGCUGAGAUGGAGCUAUGUAUACUGCCCCAUGAGAAGAACUGGCUUGUGCUGAUCAGCCUGGUGGGAGGGUCUCUGGGCGCGGUGGGGUGGGGCGUGCUGGCGGAGCGCCUCGGCCGCCGCCGCACGCUGCUGUCGUGCCUGGCCGUCAACGCAGUCUUCGCCGCCAUAGCUGCUUUUAUGCCCACUUACGGCACCUUUAUGAUGGCCAGGUUCUGCUCCGCGAUCGGGUCCGGCGGCGUGGCCCCCGCCGGGUACCCGUACGCGGGCGAGGUGACGGCGCGGGGCGCGCGGCGCGCGGCGCUGGCGGCCGUGGCGGCGGCGGCGGCGGGCGGCGCGCUGCUGGCGCCCGCGCUCGCCGCCGCCACGCUCCCGCUCACCGGCGCCUCCACCCUCGUAGAGAACAAGGAGCACUUCAGCGCCUGGCACAGAUACCUGUUGCUGUGCACUCUACCAAUAUUAGCGUCACUGAUAAGUAUGAUAUGGACGCCGGAGUCACCCCGAUAUUUACUGGAGGUCGGGCGGGAAGUCGACGCCAUGAUGGUGUACCAACGAUUGCACGCGGGGAACGUAGUGCGCGCGUGCGGGCGGCGCUCCGAGUGUCGCCUGGCCGAGCUAGCGCUGCCCGGCAAGAGACCGCGCCCCGCGCCGCCCGCCCCCGCGCUCGCGCACGUGCGGCACAGCGUCAAGAUGUUCUGGCAGGCGUUCUUCCAGUUAUUCUCGAGCAUGUACCGAACCACCACACUGUCGCUCACCGGCAUACUUUUCUUCACUGUUUCGAUACAGUUCUACUUGUCAUCUUAUAUACCGUCAACGGUGCUCAAAAUGGCGAACGAACAAUUCGAAGCGUCAAAGACAAUAAUCCAAAACACAACAUUAGUGGCGGAGCACUACAACUUGACGCUGGAGAAUGUGGAAUUCACCAACGUGACAUUCGUGGACUGCGCAUUUCGUGACAUGCUCAUGUCCCAUGUCACCUUCAAGAACUGCUCGUUUGACCAUGUGGCUUUCGCAAACAUCAAGUCCUCAUACACGGUCUUCAUGGGCUCUACAUUUGUUAAUAGCACGAUAAUCGACACGGACAUAGAGGUGGGGCGCGAGCUGGACCCGUGGUGCGUGCUGCGGGGCACCAUAGUGCGCGGCGUGCGGGGCGGCUGCGCGCGCCACGCCGACCUCGCCUGGCGCCUCGCCGCGCCCCUCGCCGAGCACCGCCACGCCGCGCGCGCCGCGCUGCUCGCCGCGCUGCUCGCGCUGCUGCCGCGCGCCGCGCGCCCCACAGUGGUCAUCUGCGGCGCGUCAGUCGCUCUAGCACCAGCGCUGUAUUUGGUGCAAGAAGAACAUCUGCUGUAUAUUGUAGAGGCAGCGUACCGGGGGCUCGCAACGCUCGUCUUCUUUGCGGUUGUCGCCGCAGUCGUGCACAAAUACCCAGCUAAUUUGAGGUGCACGGCGCUGGGGCUGGUGGUGUCUGCGGCGCACGUGGGCGGGGCCGCGGCACGAGCGGUAGCGGACGCGGGCCCGCCGCCCGCCGUCGGCGCCGCGCUCGUCGCCGCGCUCGCACUCGCCGCCACCGGCGCCGCACUGGCCGCGCGGACGAGCGCCCAUAAAUAGCAGUGACAUUACAAUAAGUAUCUCUUCCUUGCCAACGAUACAUAUACCAAAGUCCACGACUGAGAGAAUCGGAUGAUACUCAAAAAUUACUAACAUUAGACUUAUCGAGGACAUCACCAUUGAAAAUACUAGUUCCAAAUAACUGUUAUUUUAUUUAACAGUUUCGUUCUUUGAACAGUAACAGCCCUAUUUAGUUUAUACUACGUUCCUAAAGUACUCGAUAUAUCUAAGUAGUAAGUAACUAACAAUACAUGUGACUGAUACGUAUAUUACUAACACUGACAGUAACAGCACUGUUAUUAUUGUUUUGUAUAUUUUAUUUGGUGAAGUUCCAAUUUUAAAAUUUACAUGAUUACAGCUAUAUAAGCAUAUACAGCUAUAUUUAUUAAUGAAUCUGUAGAUGAAAUGACAUCAACGAAUUUCCCGCUCAAUUGUACGAGACCUUAUUUUGAAACUUAGAAAAUAUUUUCCUUUUCCCAUUAGAAUAAAAAAAAAAUUUCAGCCCACAUCUUUAGUAUAUAAUAAUUUCUGUUAUUGUGCAACUUUCGAGAAACAAACAAGAAUAAAAAUGCAAUAUUUUUUUUAUUAAUGCAAUACAUUUCCCAAGCAGUUUCUUAAGUUGGUAUAUGCGUGAUAGUCGUCUAAAAACAGACAAUUGACUUAUCUAUAAUGGGAUUUUGGAAUAAUUCCUGGAUUUUUUAAUUGUAGUCAUUUAGAUAUGACAUAUAAAUGUGAAUAUUAAUUUGAUAAAAACUCCCUAACGAUUACAACAAUAAUUAUUUUAGAGAGUAUAAAUUCAUUCCUAGAUCUUGUGGUCAUUAUGUAUCUCCCCAAAAUUGUGGUGUAUAAUGUAAUACCACCACACAUAAUGUAAAUAGCACCCUAUGUAUUUGUAUUAUUAACAGAUGUUACGCAUUGUCGCCUAAUCGCUAUAUUUUUCUACUAUACACUGCAAUAUUUUAAUAAUGGCAACAUUUGAUAUAAAUUUAAAAAUGGAAUAUUCACUUUCAAAAUGGAAUAGAUCGUUUAAUAUCGACAGUGUGCAGCGUCUUUUAAUUGAAUAAGAAAUGUGUUGUGUUGAACCAAAUGAGAUCUUAUGGAGUAAUAGUUUACGGUUUAAAUUAAGUUGUACAUAUUAUUAGGUGAAUAUUUUUUUUAUUGAUAUAAAUUUAUAUUAUUCUUUAUUGCAUUUUAAAGAAUAUAAUAAUAAUAUGAAUUUCGUAAUAUGAUAAUAUAUGAUUUACGUUUUAUUUAAUUUUUGAUAAUGGAAUUAUUAAUAUUCUACGUUCAUAUACGGUGUUAAAGCGACUAUAGAGAAUGAAUUAGUAUAUAUAGAAUAAAAUUAAGUCGGUCAGUUGAUGGUUUCCAGGAGAGACCAACUGGAGGACGAUCUAACAUGGCCCAUUUGUAGCAGUAGGGUCACGAAACCCCACUGCUGACAAUCUCCCUAUCGA